AUGGUGCUGCUGCUUCAAGAACUCACUAGCCCCCAUUACAGAGUGGCUUCUGCUGCUGCUGCUGCUGCUGCUGCUGCUGCUGCUGCUACAGGUAACAGACAAUGUAAGGGUUCAAUGGUAGAAUGUGGUGACAUUGAUGAAGAACUUCAAAUGGAGUCCGAGUCAAGUCGAAGAAUUCUCCAAGCUAAUAAAAUCAGUUAUGGAGCUAUCAGGCAGACCAAACCAGUUUGCAAUGGUGGCUCUAGUGGUGACGCUUAUAGUAAAACUGAAGGUUGUCUCCCCCAACCAUCCAAUCCUUAUGACCGAGGGUGCUCCAAAUACUAUUGAUGUAGGUUUGA